AUGGAGGAGGAAAAUCAGACGGGAGUGGUGUAUUUCCACUUCCGCCCCUUUUCAACCAACGCCACAGUGGCUUCCCUGGUGUUUGUGGGCUUCUUGCUGCUGUAUCUAGGAAGCCUCAUUGGAAACCUCACCAUCGGGCUCACAGUCUGGCAGGACCACUCUCUCCAUACCCCAAUGUACUUCUUCCUUUUCGUGUUGGCCACGUUAGAGCUUGGCUAUUCCACCAACAUUGCUCCAUUGACUCUGGCCAGCAUCCUCUCCAUGGGGAAGAUGCUUAUCUCUCUGCCCAGCUGUGGCGCCCAGAUGUUCUUCUUCAUCCUUCUUGGAGGAUCUGAUUGUGUCCUGCUCGCCAUCAUGGCUUAUGACAGGUAUGUGGCCAUCUGUCAUCCGUUGCAUUACGGCCUCAUUAUGAGCUGGCAGCUGUGUGGGCAGAUGACUUUAGGCUCUCUGGGGCUGGGAUUCCUGUUGUCACUGCCUUUGACCGUUCUGAUCUGCCACCUUCCAUUCUGUGGCCACAAUGAAAUCUACCACUUCUUCUGCGACAUGCCUGCCGUCAUGCGCCUGGCCUGUACGGAUACCCGCAUACACCAGGCAGCUCUCUUUGCCAUCAGCGUGGCGGCAGUGGCCAUUCCCUUUCUGCUUAUUUGUCUCUCCUAUGGCUGCAUCGUGGUUACCAUCCUGAGGAUGAAGUCAGCAGAGGGGAAGCGCCGGGCCUUCUCCACCUGCUCUUCACACCUCCUGGUGGUGGUCCUGCAGUAUGGGUGUUGCACCCUCAUCUACCUUCGCCCCAGCUCCAGCUACUCCCCAGAAGAAGGCCGGGCAGUCUCUGUUGUUUAUACUUUUUUCUCCCCGUUGCUGAACCCCUUAAUCUACAGCAUAAGGAACCAAGAGGUAACUGAUGCGGUAAAAAGACUUUUGGCAAGAAUGUUCUGGCUCAGAAACAUUCCUUCCCAGGGAAAUUAUUCACUGAAGAAGAAGGAGCACAGUCUGAUGGGAAGGAAACUCAGAAUUAAUAAACAGCGAGAACGGAUCAGCAGUUGUGCUCAUGAACACCUUGGUCUAUGA